AUGUUCCAUCUAAGAAAAGAAGAUCCACCCCCUCGAAUUCAAAAAGAAACCCUUUCUCGAACCAAUCAAUACUACAUUGCCCAGGUCAGCCAAAUGGAAAUCAAAAUUAGCGAGUUAAAAGCUCAACUCGAAGCCAAAAACAAAGAAAUUCAAUAUCUUACUAAUAAACUUGAAAGAGCUGAAGAACAAGCUCAAUCACGUUUGCGAGAUGCAAUUUCUGCUUCUAGCCGCACCGUAAAAGAGCUGGAAACCAAAAUUGCCAAAUUAGAAGAAGAAAAUCGGCAGCUAAAGCGUCAGGUAAAUCACAAUCACGAUUCAGCUGACAUCAAAAUUGAGCUUGAAUAUGCCCUAACUCCUUCCCCUUUGUGAGUGAACAAACCCAUUGGAAAAAUCCCAUUUUUUGCCCAAAAACCCACCCUCCGUGAGUGAACAAAAUUUUUUUAUGAAAAAAAAAUUGAUAUAUAAGUGAUAAUUAGUAUAAUGAAAUCUCGAGCUAAUUCUGUUUAAUUUUAAACAAAUUGCGUUUUAAAACAUAAAUUUAAUAAAUUAAAUUAAUAAUUGCUUCCCGUUUUUGCAAAUUAGGAUUUUUUCAAAAUUUCGAAAAAAAAAUUAACUUCCCUCUGUGGUUGUCCAAAUUUUUUUGUUCACUCACGGAGGGGGAGUAAGAAUGAAACAAAUUUUUGAAGAAAAAUACCGCGAAGCCAAAUCUCAGCAGCUGCGAGCUGAUAUGAAGCGAGAAACCCAAAGCCAAGAGCCACGGCCAAGUGUAAAUAAAAGCCAAGUUUUUGAUUUACAGCAAGAGCUUGAAAAUGCACAUCAAGAAAAAGAAAAGGCACAACGACAUGCAAGCUUGACUGACGAAGAAAAUAAAAAACUUCACAAAAAAGUUGAAGAGCUUGAUAAGUCGAAUGCGGAAUUAAAUAGAAAAUAUAUCACAUCUCUGCUUAAAAUAAGGGAUCUUGAAAAUAAAUCCUCUCAAGAUUCGAGCCAGCAUGAAGAUUCGCAUGUAAAAUCUCUAGGGAGCAAGGCAAAAUCACGAGCUCAAGGAGAAAUUGCGCCGACAAUAACAAAGAAAAUUGUACUACCGAGUUCUACUGUAUCCUCAGCUCCAAAAGCAGCGAAUCUAAUUAAAACCUCAAAAGAUAUUUCUUUCUCAAGACCAGUAAAGACUAUAAAAGAAAGAAGAGAAACUGGACACCACCAAACCAACCAGCCUACUUCUGAGCCCCCAAAGGCAUCCUCCAUUUACGCUCAAGCUAUCAGCAAAGGCUUAACCAUUUUCCAAAUCCCUAAGCCACUAACGAGCAGCACUAAAUCCAUCACACACAAAAAAACUGUUAAAUUCCCUGAUAUGAUAAAUGAGCCCAGAAUCGACAUUUCCCUGCACAAGCGAAAUCCAGAUUCUCAAAACUCAUCACCCAAAACCAGCAUUUUUGGAAGCCCAAGCAACCAAGGAAUCUUAAAAAAUAAGCAAGGCAGCUUUCAGAAAACAGUCCCAAACUUUACUAUUGCCCUAGACAAAUCUUCAAGUAACGACACAUUUGGGGACGAAUUCCCUGACGAAGACGAGUUAAAUACUUAA